GGAGUGGUGAGAGGACGAGUAACAGGCUUCCAAGCAGGUCGCGCGUCCUCCAGACGGGAUCCUAAGGACCGCCCGGCCACCGCGCCAACUGGUCCCGCCAGGAGCCAAUUCCCGUCGUGUCCAGAGCGCGCUUCCUUGGGCUCUGUUCCGAAACGGCCCCCGCAUCUUCAAAAGCCUCCGUAGUCUUCUUUUUUAGAGGGACCCAAUCUGCUUUCAUGAAGAAAAGGCAGAGGCCAAAAAGAAGAUGACUGAUUGUCUGUCAGAUUGGUAUCAGUUGAGACUACAGGUGUGCCCCACCGAACUCUGCUUCCCAGACCUUCUUAGAGCAAAUAAAGCUUCACUCAAGGACUGAGUCCCUACUUGAAUUUCCCCAGGGAGAGGAGCCACCUGGUGAGGGAUUACUUUGAACACCUUCCAAGUAUUUCACGUUUACUAACCAAUCUUCUCUGGUGCUGACUGCAUGUUUCUGAUGUUGCUGAGCAUCCUGGCAGGUGGUGAUGGAUGUGAAAGUGUCUUUCAGCUCAAGAGUUUAUUCAUUCCUCACAUUUAUCAGGCAUCUAUAGUGUGCUCAAGAGUGUGCUGCCACAGGGGGAAAAUAAUAUGAGCAUCUAGUCCAGUUGCACUGUGAUGAGAUUAUGUAUAAGAAGGGCCAUUAAAGCCAUGUGACCAGAGGAAGAUCCACAGUGAGUCAGUGUAGACAGAGGGAAGAGUCUCUUGGAACACUGAACCCUGGGGUAGACAGUGGGGGAACUCCGAACCCUAUACAGCCAUUGGUGUCACUUCCUCAUUCUCCUGUGAACACGGGUGGAUGUGUUAUUUGGCUCAAACCAGCCUGUGUGUGAUGACACAGGAGUCAGUGAGCUUUGAGGAUGUGGCUGUGGACUUCACCCAGGAGGAGUGGAUUUUGUUGGACCCAACUCAGAGAAACUUGUACAGUGACGUGAUGCUGGAGAACUACCAGAACCUGGCCUCCAUGGGAUGUGAGCUCCUCAAACCCAGCCUCAUCUCUUGGUUGGAACAAGAAGAGUUGAGGACAGGGAAGGGAGGAGCUCUCGAAGAAUGGAAAGUGGGACUUAAAACAAAAGAGUCAGCGCUUCACCAGGAUUUUCUGAGGGGACAAACCUCCAGGAAGAUAUACAUGGCCGGAAGCCACAAUGGAGCAGAACUCUGUGAUUGUAAGCCUUGUAGAGACUUUGUCAGUAGACAUCCAUGCCUUAGGUCACAUAUAGGAACUCAAAGUACAGGGAGCACUUCUGAGUGUGAUCAAUAUGGAAUAGACUUCCUUCCUCCACAAAAGGAAAUCUCUAUUGAAGAGAAACUUUCUAUGUCGAAUCAGUGUGAGCCAACCUUCAGCCAACCUCCAGCUGUCCUUUACCCAAGAAGGUGCACUAAGGACAAACCCCUCGAAGGCAGUGACCAUAGGGAAGCCUUUGUUGAUCCGUCAAAGCUUCAGACUGACAGGAGAAUGCACAGUGGAAACAAACUUCAUGAGCUGAGGGAAUCUGGGAUAGAUUUCCUUCACUCCAACAGCCAUGCUCUGCUGAUGCAUACUCACAAUGCAGAAAAACCCUACAAGUGUAAGGAAUGUGGAAAAGGCUUCAGGUAUUCUGCUUACCUUAAUAUUCACAUGGGAGCCCACAGUGGAGGCAACCCCUAUGAAUGCAAGGAAUGUGGGAAAGCCUUCACUAGGCCUUGUCAGCUCACUCAACAUAAAAAAACUCAUACUGGUGAGAAGCCAUAUAAGUGUACAGAAUGUGGGAAAGCCUACACAGUUUCUUCAUGCUUAAGUCAACACUUAAAAAUUCACAUUGGAGAGAAAUCCUAUGAAUGUAAGGAAUGUGGAACUGUCUUUACAACAUCUUCUCAAUUCACUGAACAUGUGAAAAAUCACACUGUAAAGUCCUUUGAGUGUAAGGUAUGUGGAAAAUCCUUUAGAAACUCCUCCUGCCUUCAUGAUCACUUUCGAAUUCACACUGGGAUAAAACCCUUCAAAUGUGAAGAUUGUGGGAAAGCCUUCAUUCAGAACUCAGACCUCACUAAGCACAUCCGCAUCCACAGUGGAGAGAGGCCCUAUGAGUGUAGAGAGUGUGGGAAAGCCUUUGCCAGGUCCUCCCGCCUUCAUGAACACAUGAGAACUCACACUGGAGAGAAGCCUUUUGAAUGUGUCAAAUGUGGGAAAGCAUUUGCUAUUUCCUCAAAUCUUAGUGGACAUCUUAGGAUUCACACUGGAGAGAAGCCCUUUGAGUGCAAGGAAUGUGGGAAAGCAUUUACACAUUCCUCCAGUCUGAAUAAUCACAUGCGGACUCACAGUGCCAAAAAACCCUACACAUGUCUGGAAUGUGGGAAAGCCUUUAAGUUUCCCACAUGUGUUACACUUCACAUGCGAAUCCACACUGGAGAAAAACCUUACGAAUGUAAGCAGUGUGGAAAAUCCUUCAGGUAUUCCAAUUCAUUUCAGUUACAUGAAAGAACUCACACUGGAGAGAAGCCCUAUGAAUGUAAAGAGUGUGGGAAAGCCCUGAGUUCUCUAAGUUCCUUUCAGAAUCAUGAACAAAGACAUACCAAAGAUAAACUGUCAGUAUAAGGCAUGUGGGAAAGCUUAAAGGUGUCCUGUUUAUUUUGAAGACACAAACUCUGGGGAAGAAGCCUACAAAUGUAAAGCAUUUAGAAACAUCUUCACUCCUAUCUCAGGUCUUAGCAAACAUGUAAGAGUUCAUAGUGAAGAUGAUUUUGUGUCAGUUUGGAAUGUGAAAAAGAUUUUGCUCAAUUCUAAAGAUACACAUCAGAAAUCUUGGUGGAGGGAAACCAUAUGAAUGUAGAGAGUCUGGGAAAUUCCACAAACCUUAAUAUGCACAUAUGAACUCACAUUAAAGAGAAAGUUUAUGAUUUAAAUAGUAUCGUUCUCCUUUCACUUCAUAUUUUGAAGCUCUAACCCCUAGUUCCUCACAGUGGAAGAGUACUUGGCCUUCAAACAGGUCAUUACAAUGAGGCUAAUAGAGCCAACCUUUAAUACAACAUCAUCAGUGUCCCUGUAAAAAAAGAAAGUGAAUUUGAGUGUGGUGGCACAUGAUCAGCAUCUUGGGAGGCUGAGGCAGGAGGAUCACAAGUUGGAGCCUAGUCUGGGCAAUUUAUUCAUACCAUGUCUCAAAGAAUAAAAAAGGGCUGAGGAUAUAGCUUAGUGGAAAGGCCCUGGGUUAAAUCCUCACUAUUAGGGGAAAAAAGAGAAAAUGGAAGGAAGGGCACACUCAGAGAAGACCCAUGUGAAGUUGCCAAAAGAUGACUAUUUGCAAACCAAGGACAGAAGUUGAACAGAAACCAGCCCUGUCUACAACUUGAUACUGGACUUUCAAACUCUAGAUGUGUAAGCCAAUAAAAUUAUUUUUUUACACUUGAUCUUAGCCAAAAGGCCGAGAAGUGAUUAAAAUUAUUUUUUUAAGCCA